AACAUAUCCGUUUGUCCAUUGUGUAUCUCAGUAGGUCAGUGAUGAGUCAGGGUGAAUAUGUUUUCUUAAUAGCUGGAGGAACAAUAAAAACUCAUUUGUCGAGGCUCAAUAAAAGUUCAGAUCCAUAGGUUAGUACUUUAUUCCCCCCCAAUAAAGUUGUUUAUUAGUGUAGCCUGGCAUUAACUUCAUUGUAUUUUCAAAGUACACGAAACUGAAACUAGCCUGAGGUGUUUUAUUCGUACCAUAACAUAAUAUAAUUAUAUGUUCACCAUUCGUUGUAUGUUCAUCAUUCCGCAAGGUCUCUCGUGGGUGGAAACAGCAUUUGCACAGCAUUUGAAAAAUAUUAAAAACUAUUCCAUUUUUGUUUGAUUUUCUGGCCUUUAAAAAGUCUGAAUUUUUAUAUUAGUCUCUUACCCGGAGUUUCCCCAGAAAGUCGAAAUAUAGGUUAUGCUCAAGACACGUUAUCUUUUUAGUAAUGUAUUACGGAAAACAUAUAAAAACUGGAUUGGCCAGUGAAGGCCAGUGUGCUUUAUAAGAAGGCUUUGCAGACAUUCGUUGAAUCUAGGAGGUGGACGUUAGUAGGAAGCAAACUACCAUGCCGUCUGUGAGAAGACGUCCAGGUAACAUUGUUCUUUGAUGCUUUGUUUCUUUAAUGAGAAACAACUAACCUGUGCACUGUAGGCUAUGUGAACGCUGCAGUUGUAAUGCUGCUUAAAUUGGAAUUUGGGGUUCACAAAGGUUUAGAGAAGUGGAUGAGAAAUGGAGAAGCAGUGAUUUAGUGCAGUCAUGUCAUUGCCAUAGAACUCUGUUGGAUAUGAUCAUUAGGUGCCCUUUUUUUAUGUGAAAGAGAACUGUGCCAGUUGAAUUUCACAGACUAUGCAGUGGCUGAUCUUCAGAGGAUGUUGUUGCUGUACGUAGUUUUUACUCAGUAGCUGUUGCAAAAUGAUGCGCUAAUGUGGUGAACUUCUGCAGUGAUCUAUCGAAGCAAAUUUCAGUUUCAUCAGGAAUGCCGGGUGGAGACUACAGGGAGAUCGGGGGCAGCCUCCCUGCCAUCGCCUCCCUCAACGCGUCCUACUCCACGUCGCUGUCCUUCCCGUCCCCCUACAUUCUGGUGCCGCCCGCAGAGCGGAGGAUCAUCUCUGAUGUCCGCCGCACCUUCUGCCUCUUUGUGACUUUCGACCUUCUUUUCAUCUCCCUCCUGUGGAUCAUUGAGCUGAAUAUCUCCAGCACCAUCUGGGACAAUUUAGCGAAUGAGGUCAUCCAUUAUAAUUUCCAGUCUUCCUUCUUUGACAUCUUCCUGCUGGCUUUGUUCCGAUUUCUAUGCCUUCAAGUAGGUUACGCUGCCUUCAGGUUGAGGCACUGGUGGGUUAUCGCGGUGACCACCCUGGUGACCAGUGUGUUUCUUGUCGUCAAAGUUAUUGAAUCAAGCCUCUUGUCCCAGAAUGCCUUUGGAUAUGUACUACCGAUCACCUCGUUCGUGGUGGCCUGGCUGGAAACCUGGUUUCUGGACUUUAAAGUGCUCACACAGGAAGCUGAGGAUGAGAGAGCCUACUUAGCUGCAGUGAAUGCGGCCUGCGAGCGGGCGCCCAUGCUCUACCCUCAAGCCACGUCGGACGGACAGUUCUACUCACCUCCUGAAUCAGUAGCAGGCUCAGAGGAAGAUCUUGAUGAGGAAGGUCUGGGGCGCCGCGCCGUCACAGCCCAGGAGAAGGAGUAUGUCCGUCAGGGUCGCGAGGCUAUGUCUGUGGUGGAGCAGAUCCUCACGCAGGAAGAGAACUGGAAAUUUGAAAAGAACAAUGAGAUGGGAGACUCUGUCUACACGCUGGAGAUCCCCUUCCAUGGAAAGACUUUCAUCCUUAAGGCCUUCAUGCAGUGUCCUCCUGAACUUGUUUACCAAGAAGUCAUCCUGCAGCCGGAGAAGAUGGUGCUGUGGAACAAGACUGUGUCUUUCUGCCAGAUCCUGCAGAGAGUCGAUGACAACACCAUGGUGUCCUAUGAUGCGUCCUCCGGGGCAGCAGGAGGAGUCGUUUCCGCUCGGGACUUUGUGAAUGUCCGGCGUGUUGAGCGCAAGCGCGACUGCUACAUGUCUGCGGGCAUGGCCACCGUACACGAUGCCAAACCUCCCUGUGGUCGCUUUGUGAGGGGUGAAAACGGUCCCGGUGGAUUUGUGGUCCUCAAGUCAACCAACAAUCCGUCCAUAUGCACCUUCAUCUGGGUUCUCAACACUGACUUAAAGGGUCGACUGCCUCGCUACCUCAUCCACCAGAGUCUGGCGGCCACCAUGUUUGAGUUCAUGUCCCACUUGCGUCAGCGCAUGUCUGACCUGCAGCCUUCAUUGCGCUCCCACCACCACCUGUGACACAAGCCCUGCUGUGCUUUUUGAGGGAAGCGGUCGCCCCACACUUUUUUUUUUUUUCUUGUUCUGUGAUGCAGUUUUUUUCUGAUGACUGUGCAAGCAAGAGGAACAAGACCUCGAUCACUAAAAAGAAGGAGUCUUCCAGAUGUCAGACACUUGAACAACACUACUGUUGUUUUUAACUUUGAUUGUAUCAUGUGCACGCGGGCCUCGCGCCGCCCGGCACUGAGGACAGUUGAAAGAUGAAGUCCCGGCUUGUUACACAGCUUCUGAAGCCGCCAACUCACUGAGCCUUAUCUUACUGUCUACACACCUUGUUGGUUUUUAAACUUGUUGCUUUGUAUUUUUUUUACUCGAUCACACUUUUGUACGGUCGCCCACAAACAGGUCUGUAUCAAGAAGCGAUCACGCUACUCCUAAAAUCCGCACCGCUCAAGCAGUCACACCGAAACCCAAGACGCUGCGGGCUCAGAACUGGUCCCAUUGCCUGCACGCAAGGUGGUGCUUCAUAUAAACCAAAAAAUGACCUUCAUUUGACCCUUCCCACAUAUUGGAAAACGCACAAGCACGACUUCAUGCCCUUGUUAUGUUUGUAUCUAGUCACCUAAGUCCUCCGAAACCUGCAAUGGUUUUCCAUUUAAAUGGAAUAGCUUCUGAAAACAUCUUAAAAAAAACUGUAACAUCACGGUGCCUUCCACCUCAGGACUUCUGCUGAGUCCAACAUGCUAUUCAGAAGAGGUGAAUCGAAUUGCAACUGCAAGGUUUCGCCUCAGUUUUCGACUGUAACUGGUGCAAGUUUAGCAUCACAAGUGCCACGCGACAUCAGACAACCUGGCAACAACGUUUCAAAUGUGCUUCUAAAGUAAACAGCAGAGAUCAAAUGUGGCUGGAAAAUAAAAAUGAAAUCCAACUGAAAGAAGUGAGACGUCACUGUGCCUUUACCUCCAGGCGUCUGUGAUCAUGUUUCAGUGCAAAGUCACUUCCUAUAACAGAUCUCUUCUUUGUUCUUUACCAAAAAUGUGACGAAUAAUAUCUUGCACCUCUGAAGAAAAUUGUACUCUACUAAAUAUUGAACCGAUGUAUUGCGUCAUGAUGAGAACAGGUCAUAACCUCCAGCUAUGAAUGUCCUUGAGAGGCUCAUUUAUCGUUUACAUCUCAGCAUGUGGUUCUUUAAGACGUCUAGAUCUUAUUAUUGAGUCAAGCACCUGCAGGUUUAGAUGGACAAAAGCGCUGACUAAGCUUCUUAGCUCUGCGGCUUUCCCUGCUGUUUUGUCUGAGAGUGACAAAAGCUGCCAAUUGAGUCCAGUGUUUACUGGAAUUAACCUCGUCCGCCGGAUUAUAGCGACGUUCGCAGCGAGGGGUUUCCUCAAGUGACCGCGAGGUGAACUGGCUCCGUCCAAAUAACCUGGACAUUAGUGCCACAGCUGGCGGUUCGGUUUUCAGAGUAUUAUGGUGUGACUUGUUGCCGCAUUGGAAACUGGACCGAAGCUGAGGUGAUGACAUCGCGGCGUCACUUCGUCUUCACCGGUUUUUGUCCAAGUGUGUGUGAAAACAAUCUCUGUCUGGAGGGAUCAGGGCCGAGCCACGCGGCGCAGAUUUGUCUGGCCGCCGUGUCUCAGUGGGUUUUUGGACUGCUCGCCGUUCAGACGGGAUCUCUGUAAGUAGUGAUGAUCAACUCUGUGCCUUUUUCACCAUUGCAUUUUUUUUUUUGUGUGUGUUCAUUUAAACGGUUCUACUGUUUGGUUUGAGGACCAGAAACUGUUCAUGUCCAGUCUUAAAUAAUAAACUGAAGUAAUGAUGACUCACUGUGGUUAUUGCGACAAAGUCAAUUUUAAUAUAUUUCUGAAUAUUAUAAAUUGUUUGACGAUGCAAAAAAAGAUUUUCUUACUAUUUAUGUUCUUCAUGUGUUUUUCUUUACUGUUGCAGGUUUGAAUGAUUCAGUUCUCAAUAUUUUUCGUUUUAAUUAUUAUUAUCAUUGUUCUGUUAAUGAUUAUAAUUUGUGUCUGUGGUCCAUAUUCUUCACUGAAUUUACCGGAAUUUAAAACGUAGCAAAUACAUUCAAUUCAUACACAGGAACUUUUUAAAACAUAACUUUUUUUUUUAUAAGAAAAAAAAACCUUAAAAGUACAGCUGUUCAUAUUCAAUACUGUGUAAAAUGUAUUAGCAUUUUUCAAAUGACCUAUACCUCGUAACUGUCCAAUAAAUACAUAAAAUAGAUAUAUAUUCUCCUUUGCAUCUUGAGUUGAAAGAUUUUAUGCUGAGCUAAAUGUGAGUGUCAGUUUGGGAAAGUACAAGCAUGGUCUCUUUUUGGAUACUGAAAGGAACCAUGAAAACGGAGUGAUGUGCUCACUCACACUCAUGUAGUUCAUUUCCGGCUGUUCAUCAUCACUAAGAGUGGCUGUUAACAAGUGUCAAACCCGAGGCCCGCAGGCCAAACCUAGCCUGACUAGUCAUUUCAAGUGGACUGUUUGUUCACCUUGAGGUUUGACGCAAUUCAAGAGCGCACAGGUGAGUGUAUCGUGACACACAAUGGUCAGUUUGACGUUUAUCAGCUGUUCUCCAGCAAGCGCACGAUCCUGUUGAACCAUUCCCACAUGGGACACUGGUGUGAGGGAGUACGGUGAAAGAUUUAAAAUGGGAUUUAGCGAUAAGCUAAUAUUAAAUUAAAGUUUUUAUAUGCAAGUUUUUUAUUUUAUUAAAAAGAAAACAACUAAAAAGUACAUCUGUUUAUGUUCAAUACUGAGUAAAAAUAAUAAUAGUAAUAAUAUUGGUGUUAACAGCAAGUUUAUUAGCAUUUUUCAAAUACCUCGUAACUGUGUAAUACAUGAAAUAGAUAAAUAUGCUCUUUUGCAUCUUAUUCUUAACUAGUUAUUAUUGGUAUUUUUCCAUGUAUUUUUAUUGGCGUUGAAGCCGCAGCUGAAACGUCACCACCUCAUAAAUGACCUGAGCUUGAUGACGUCACAUGAGUCGCUUUCUUGAAGCCACAGAGCAGUUGAUCUGCUGCGUCACUGGUGAAUGACUUGCGUCAUGAGAUCAUUCCAACCAUGUGACUCACAGGUGACACACUCUGCCGCAGAGCUCUCUCUCUCUCUCUCUCUCAUGACCGUGUAAUUGUACAGCCAAAGUGAAGAAUGAACAAUGUUCUGCUCAAGCUAACCCACUUUUUAGAACCACAACUAAAAGUGUUUGUGUUUAUCGUUUUAGGACAUGAGAGGGUCACGUGAAACUAACAUUGGGAAAUUCCAAAGUGGAAGUGAAAUGUUUUCUUUGGCUCAUGGGAACAGGAGGAGUCUAAAAGAGAGAUGUUAAACGUUGCUAAAUAUUAAUAUACAGUCAUGACUGGUUAAAGGUCUGACUAAAAUAUUGACUCUCUUGAAUGGUUUAAAACAAAUGAUGGCUUAUAUUUUAAUGUAUGUAGGACUCGUACCUCCAGUUUCCCCAGGCAACUCAGGUUCCUGCGAAACAUGUUGCAUUCCUCCACUUUUUGAAUCCCCACACAACAGCUUAGAAAACUUGUUCGACAGUGUUGCUCAUCAUACAUUGUAUAUUUAAGCAUGAAAACAUGUAUUAUGUGUCACGGUAAAGAGACAUAAAACAUAUUGAAAUGAGGAUCUAUUGGAACACUAGUGUAAAAUAAAAUGUGAGCAUAUUGGACAGAAGAGAUAUUUGGGAGUUCCACUGUACAUUACAUGUACAUAUAUAUUAUAAUACUUCAGUGAUGUUCAGGGAGAUGGUUCACUCUGUGAAUAUAUUACAGUGUAAUAAGGUUUUUUUUUUUUUUUUUAGCGCAGAUAUGAUAGUUUACGCAGUUGAAGGCAAUUAUUUGUGAGUGAUGUGUCGAUGAAGCUUCAUGAAACAGUACCCUCAUUUUCAGAGCUCAAUAGGUGGCGCUCUUGGUUCAAAACUGAUGUGAGGUUCCAUUGAAAUUGUCGUAGUACAUUGUACUACAGAUGCUGCCAUGUGGAUAGUGAUGAAAAAAAGGACACUGUUUGUUGAAACUUCAUCAAGUGUCAAAAUCCAGCCUGACUAGUCAUUUCAAGUGGCCUGUUACCUUGAAGUUUGACACGAUUCAAGAGCGCACAGGUGAGUGUAUCGUGACACACAAAGGUCAGUGUUUGACGUGUUGUCAAACCUUGCUGUUUGACGCACAAUCUUGUCGAACCAUUCCCGCAUCGGACGCUGGAGUGAGGGAGUACGAGGAAAGAUUUUAAAUUGUAUUUACGUGUCAGUGUAGAGGGAGUUGUUUGUCGCCUCCGAGAAUGAUGCUGACUCAGCAGUCGAUAAGCUACUAUUAAUAACCACCGUACGACAAACAUUACAUUUAUAGCUCUGUGCUUGCAUCCCGUCAAAAGUAUUUGACUUUAAAACAGCAUAGUGUGUGUGACGGGACAGAAGACAAAAAGUGUUGUGUGUUGUCCCCGGGGCCUCGCGCUCAGCUGAAGAAGGGGAGCUGCAGCUGCUCACAUGAUGCUGCUGUGACUGUCUUCUGAGGCCGGCUGGGUUUGCCAGUAUAUGUGUGU